AUGUGCAUUCUGUGCUCGGGCGACCCUGUUGAGGAUGAUGUGCGCAAGAACAACCCAGGCACUUUUCACGUAGGCAUGAUGCAUGCCCCUGGCGCUGAUCCUUUGUGUUGUCUGAGCUCGUGUCUGUGUCCAUGCUGCGCACAAGUUAUUAUUCGGCGCAAGGCGCUUAAUUACGAUAUGUCCAAUUACACGUGUUGCCAGGGCUAUAUGGAUGGCGUUGUGCCCUGCGUUCGCUCCGGUAGUUGCGGCGAGUCCAAUUGUCCCAACUGCUGCCUGUGUCUUGAGUCUUUUUGCUGCAAUGGUUGCGCCGUGUCAGCCACGCGCAUGCUCGUCAUGGAUCGCUACCGCUUGCAACCAGACAAGUGGGACAAUCGAAUUAUUCGAUGCAACAAUUGCAUACAAUUAGUCAGCUGCGUCUGUAGUCUACUGUCUAUUUGCAUCUCGGAGCUGGGCGACCUGGCAGACCUAAUGUAUUGCAUUGCGCAAUGCACGUACGCUACUACACAGGGUUGCAUGACCGCACAGCAAUAUAGAUUGCAAGCUUUUCACGACUACGAUGUCGUCGACAUUUUCUGCUUAAACUUUGCACUAAAUGCACUAAUCGUUCAUUUUGUUUUACUUCGUAAAUGUGGAAAAGAUUAUAAAAAACUUUUGUGA